AUGGCGGCGGCGAGGCGCGACGGGCCCGGGCCGGCGGCGGCCAAGGCCAAGGCGGGGGCGGCGCCCCGCGGGCCCGGCCGAAAGCGGCGGUGGAGGCCCGUCCUGCUGAGCAGCGUGGUCGGCAGCGUCCAGGAGGGACGGGGAUUUGCAUUUCGGAGGAAGCAAAAGAUUGAACGGCAGUACAGGAAGUUGCUGAAAAAGAGAAGGCAGGUGCAUUCCCAGCAGGAUGAUCAGUUUGCAGAUACCUACCCAGAGCACUUGAAGCAUCUUUACCUGGCAGAGGAAGAAAAGCUUAAGAAGCGGCGCAGGACUCCAGAGGAUUCGGUGUCAUCAGAAGAAAAGCUUAAUAAAGCAGCAGAGUCAGUUGGGACUCAAGAGAAGUUUAAAAAUAAAACAUCCAAUCAGAAGGCAAAAGAAGAAUAUGAGAAAAUAAAGGCUGAGCAUGCUAGAAAGAAAGAGGAAGCAGAAAAAAGAAAACAACAAAGAGAAGAAGCUCAACGGUUGUACAAGAAAAAGAAAAUGGAAGCUUUUAAAAUACUGAGUAAGAAGACAAAAAAAGGACAGCCAAAUCUAAAUUUACAAGUAGAAUUUCUUCUUCAGAAAAUACAGCAAAAUACAUAACCCCUUAUAUAUUUAAGUUAGCUGUGGACAUUUUAUUAUUAUUAUUACAUUUAAUAAAUAAUGUCUUUUUGCUUCCAUA